CUACCUAUCAACUCCUCCUUUAUCCACGAAACACGCUUGGGAAUUCGAUUCAUUCGGUAUUGCCAAGAUGGGCGACAGUAAAUGGAGCGAGGUUCCAGGACUGCAGCAUUCGCCCUCGGCGACACUACCCUCCUCCUCUUCCAACUCGGCCAAACCUCCACGGAUAUCGUAUCUACAUCUGGUACGAUACCAGGCCAUGGACCUACGGAACAGAUCCUAAACUAUCUGUGUCCCAAAAGCGGCAAGCCUAAUGAUACUUCUGCAACCUUGAAGCAACAUUUCUGCGUCGCCGUUUCCGAUCUGGCUCAAGUUGAUGCAUGGGAAAAGCAUCUCCGGGAUGUUAAUGUUAAGAUCUUAGGAGUUAACAACUGGGAAAGGGGUGGGAAAAGCGUGUACUUCGAAGACCUCGACGGUCAUAUAGGUGAAGUGGCGAGCAGAGGUACAUGGCCGCAUUAUUGAAAUUGUAUCGUAUAGUAGCCAUUAGUACCAAACUAUAGGCGAAGAGAAAUAACGGCUUAUUGUUACGAUCCGCUCGCGUAUGGCGCGGGACACUGGCUUAUUAUACUCCUAGACCUCUUGUUACGAUCACAGGAAAC